CAAAUUUCAAGUUUUACUAAUUUGUAAAGUAUAAAAAAUACUAAUCAUUGAAAUGCAUCAAAAAAUGUGCGCACUUAGUUAAUGUUUGAUCAAACUGUUUUGGUACAGUCGUCGGCGACUUGCAAUAUUUGUACAUAUAUGUAUGUAUGUACAUGGACUUUAACUCAAUACAGUGUUGCCAAUAUUCCUGAAGUUUUACCGUUAAGGUAUAAUUAUAUUGAAUUUAUUAAGAGAUACAAAUUCCGAUGAUUAACCAAAAUUCCACACAUACUGGUAUCGCUCAAAAUAAUCCUGAAAAACCAAACCAUCAUCCAUAUCGGGACAGUGGAUUACAAUAUUUCACCCGAUGCUUUGAACCAUUGGCAAUGAUUAAUGAUAGUAAAGAAGACUUGCCCACGCAGCAUUCAAAUAAUAUUGCCAAUUACACUGGAGAUAUUCAAAUUUUACCCAUUUUCGAUUGCUGCGAAAUUUCGGAGUCUAUUCAAGCUAUAUCGUUACCCAUUGUAACAUCUCCAUCAAAGACAACAGAUGUUCCGGGGUUGUAUUUGCAUACGAUUUCGGAAAAUUCUAAAUCAAAGUCGGAACCCGAAUGUGAAUCGCUAAUUUUAGUCAAAGAAUCUUCUGCAAUGGAAAACCAAACGAUUUUAUGUCACGAGCAAAUUAUUAUGUCUGGCCAACAAAAAUGUGAAUUACAGGAGAAACCGAAGGUUCUGGUCGUUUCCCCACAACAAGUAAUGAUUUUAUAUAUGAAUAAACUAACUCCAUACGAGCGAACAGAAAUACUAACUUAUCCGCAAAUAUAUUUUAUUGGCGCCAACGCUAAAAAGCGCCCAGGAGUCUAUGGCCCAAAUAAUUCUGAAUACGACAAUGAACAAGGUGCUUACAUCCAUGUACCGCAUGAUCACGUAGCAUAUCGGUAUGAAAUGUUAAAGAUAAUCGGAAAGGGUAGCUUUGGACAGGUCAUUAAAGCGUAUGAUCAUAAAACUCACGAACAUGUUGCCUUAAAAAUAGUGCGCAAUGAAAAGCGGUUUCACCGCCAGGCCCAAGAGGAAAUUCGCAUUCUUCAUCAUUUACGGCGUCACGAUAAAUAUAAUACUAUGAACAUCAUACACAUGUUUGAUUACUUUACUUUCCGCAAUCAUACAUGCAUUACAUUUGAGCUGCUCAGCAUAAAUCUUUACGAAUUAAUUAAGAAAAAUGGAUUUAAAGGCUUCAGUUUGCAGCUGGUGCGAAAGUUUGCACAUUCUUUGCUACAAUGUUUGGAUGCACUUUAUAAAAAUGAUAUUAUUCAUUGCGAUAUGAAACCAGAAAAUGUUCUACUGAAGCAACAAGGACGUUCUGGUAUAAAGGUAAUUGACUUUGGGUCGUCUUGCUUCGAGAACCAGCGUAUAUACACAUACAUCCAGUCACGUUUUUAUCGCGCUCCAGAGGUAAUUUUGGGGGGGAAAUAUGGCAGAGCUAUCGACAUGUGGUCGUUGGGUUGUAUUUUAGCAGAGCUGCUUUCAGGCCAUGCAUUGUUUCCUGGUGAAAACGAAAGCGAUCAGUUGGCUUGCAUUAUUGAAGUUUUAGGAAUGCCCAAUAAAAAUAUACUAGCCAGCUCGAAGAGGUCAAAAUCGUUUUUCAGUCCAAAGGGGUAUCCUCGAUAUUGUACUGUUCGAACCAUGUCUGAUGGAAUGGUGGUCCUAAUCGGCGGACAGUCACGUCGUGGAAAACAAAGGGGCCCGCCAUGCUCAAAAAGCUUAUCUAAGGCGCUGGAUGGAUGCAAAGAUCCCCUCUUUCUUAAUUUUAUACGUGGUUGCCUUGAAUGGGAUGCAGACAAGCGAUUAACACCUUCAGAGGCUCUAAAACAUCCAUGGCUUCGCCGUCGCUUACCGAGACCGCCAAGUAGCUCAAGUGGCUGUGGUGGGGUGAGUGGAUUAUGUCCUAGUAGAAACGAAUCCCCAGUUACAGGGCAAAAUAGGAACUUCGCAGCAGAAAUAACUACAUCAUCAACGUCUGCUACAUCUAUAUCUUUAACGAUUAAAAAGGAAAACUGCCAUUCCAGUCUUCGUCUCCACCAUGGUGCUGUUGCAGAAACGGAUUUCAAACUUAAAAAAUCCGUUCCAGAGGGAUCAUCAACCGCAACAAAAGAACCUAUGAUAAACAGUGAUAUUCUUCUAGAAAGUUUUAGACAAGCAACUGUUGUAUCACCACGUAUACCAUCAAAACAUUCUGCUGAUUCCGGCGGAAUGAGUUGUCUUAGCGCUGUGGAUGUGGGGCCAUCGAGAUAUUAUCCGUAUAUGAAUAACAAUGAAAAUAACAGGUUAUUCUCAAGCUCGUUAAACAGCUCGGCCAACUCAUUGUCACAUUUGGAGCAAGCCACAAAAUUAGAUGCUUUCGGAGAAUACUCGGCGUCAACAACACCAAAUUUACUAUCGAAAAAUACUGGCUGCUCGUUUAACUCAGGUUCUAUGAACAUCGAUGUUGCACAAGAGUCUUUGGUUAAUAUAGCUAGUAAUUACGCAUUGGAUAAGUCUAUUGACAUUAUUGGAAAAUCAAAUGUGUCGCUUCAUACGAAUAAAUUAAAAGUACAAUCGAAGGAUAUGUAGCUAAUUUAUGACAAUAUGCAAUAAGUCAUUUAAGAGAUAAGAAGCAGAUCUUUAUUUUGUUAUCAAAUUAUUUGACAAUGCACUGCCAUACAAGUGAUAAACUAAAUAAGUCUUGGCCCUUAUUUGCAUUACUAUAGACGAAAAUGGACAGAAAAGAUCUCACAAAGA